CCGCGUUAACAGUGUCUAGGGUUUCGCGUUUUCUUUAUAAUAUUCCUCUUCUCUGAUUGGGGACUCGAAGAGUGGUUUAGGAUUUGUUUAAUCUUUAGUCAUGAGUUCUACAGAGGAGGAAGCUAUUAGGGUUGUUGCUGAUGAAGAACAGAAUCCACGAGCUGUUCGGAUUAGGGCGCCGAGAGCUUGUACGUUAUCAUCGGUUGAUUACGCCGAGCCUCCGAUUGACGAUGACGACGAAAGCAAGCCUAAGGCGAAACGAGGCAGGCCUCGUAAAAGCCCUGAAGAAGACCAAACUACGAGUGGUACACCAAAGGCUAAACCGGGUAGGCCUCGGAAGAUUCCUGAAGAAGUUGAUGAUAAACCGAUCAGGCCUCGUAAAAAUCCGGUAGAAGACGAGAAGACGAAUGGUACACUAAAGGCUAAACCGGGCAGUCCUGGGAAAGAAGACCAGACGACGAAUGAUACAUCACCCAAGGCUAAACCGGGAAGGCCUCGGAAAAAUCCUGAAGAAGAGGAGAGGAUGAAUGGUACACCAAAGGCUAAACGAGGCAGGCCUCGGAAAAAUCCUGAAGAAGACGGGAAGACAGAUGAUAAACCGAAGGCUAAACCGGGGAAGCAAGAAGAUGAGAAGACAGAUGAUAAACCGAAGGCUAAACCGGGGAGGCCUCGGAAAAAUCCUGAAGAAGAGGAGAAGACGAAUGAUAAACCGAAGGCUAAACCUGAAGAAGAUCAGAAGACGAGUGAUACACCCAAGGCUAAACCGGGAAGGCCUCGGAAGUAUCCAGUCAACGAAGAAGACGAAAAGUCAACGAAGAAAGUUGACCAAGGUGUUAUCGCUUGUUUAGAGAAGAAGGAGAAUGGAGCUGAAGAGAUUAUUAAGGCUUCUGAUGGAAUGCCAAGGUUCAAGAAGGUUUAUUCUCGUAAAAGGCCAUUGAAAGAAGACGAAAACGAGAAGAAGGAUGAUGAACUUGUUUCUAAAGGCUCUGUUAAGGUUACUAAGAGGCCUCGGAAAGUGGUGGUGGGUUGUCUCAACAAAGACGAGGAUAAAGCUGAAGAAUCUGAGUGCAUGAUGUGUCAUCAAUGUCAACGUAACGAUAAUGGGGAGGUUGUGCGGUGUCAGAACUGCUGCGAUAGGAAGCGUUAUUGCCACAAAUGCUUAGAAACUUGGUACCCUCGCAUCCCACAUGAAGACAUUGCCAAGAAAUGCCCGUUUUGCUGGAAUACUUGCAACUGCAGAGCAUGCUUGCGUCUAGAUACUAAAAUGGAAGGGUUAAAUUCAGACCUCAAGGUUAGCAAGGAUGAAGAAGUCCAAUGCUCUAAGUAUAUUCUGCAAAAGCUUCUCCCACAUCUGAAGGAAAUAAACGAUGAACAAGUUCUUGAGAAGGAAGCUGAGGCAAAUAUAUCAGGACUGGAGUUUGGAGAGGUGAAGCCUGAAGACACUAAUUGUAGCCCUGGCGAAAGACUAUACUGUGAUAGCUGCCAGACUGCCAUCUUUGACCUUCAUAGACAUUGCUCGAGCUGCGGUUCUGAUAUCUGCAUUGCAUGUUCCAUGGAGAUCCGAAAAGGAAAGCUUCAGGCAUGUCAGGAGGAUGUUUACUGGAAUUACAUUAGCAGAGGUUUAGAUUAUCUACAUGGAGGAAAAGAAAAAAUUGGUAAACCUACGGAUGAUAAGCUGGAGCCGGAACCAUUACUUGCUAUUGUCAAGCCCCCAUCUACUUGGAAAACAGAUGAAGUCGGACUCAUUACUUGCUGUUGUGGUGAGGGGAUUUUAGAGUUGAAACGCGUGCUUCCCGAUGGUUGGGUAUCAGAAUUGGUCAAAAAGGUUGAAGAAACUGUUGAAGCCAACAAGCUUUUUGAUUUACCUGAAAUGGCCACAGAGAGAUGCCCUUGUUUUGACUCUGAAGGUCAUAUUGACAUGGACACCAACAAAAACGUGUUAAAGGCUGCAUGUCGAGAAGGAUCAGAAGACAAUUAUCUAUAUUUUCCAAGUGCUACAGAUGCUCAGGAGGAGAUUAAUCUGAAGCAUUUUCAGCAUCAUUGGGCAAAAGGAGAGCCUGUGAUUGUGAGGAACGUGCUUGAGGCUACAGCUGGUUUAAGCUGGGAACCAGGUGUUAUGCAUCGUGCUUGCCGUCAGAUGAGAAGCACCAAGCAUGAAACACUUCUGGACGUUAAUGCUAUUGAUUGUCUAGACUGCUGUGAGGGAUCUAUUAAUCUUCAUGCAUUCUUUACCGGUUACCAAAAAGGCCGUUAUGAUCGUGAGGGUUGGCCAAGUGUUCUGAAACUGAAAGAUUGGCCUCCAUCGAAGAGCUUCAAUGAAAACUUGCCGCGUCACUGUGAGGAGUUCUUAUGCAGUUUGCCUUUGAAGCAGUACACUCACCCGGUUAGUGGGCCUUUAAAUCUUGCCGUGAAGUUGCCUGAUUUUUGCUUGAAACCGGACAUGGGACCAAAGACUUACGUUGCUUAUGGAUUUGCGCAAGAAAUGGGCCGUGGAGAUUCAGUAACCAAACUCCACUGCGACAUGUCUGAUGCGGUUAAUGUGCUGACCCACGUAAGUGAAGUGACCAUCAAAGAGGAAGAAAAGAAAUCCACAAUAGAAAAACUGAAGAGGAAGCAUGCUGCACAAGAUGUCAAGGAGCUGUUUGGCUCGGUUCCUAACUACAAGGAAAAGAUUGAGAUUCUUGAAAACACUAAUGAAGAAGAAGUCAAGAACCUUGAAGCUGAUGGAGGAGCUCUUUGGGACAUUUUCCGUAGAGAAGAUGUUCCAAAAUUAGAGAAAUACCUUCUGAGUCAUCAUAAAGAGUUUCGACAUUUCUUCUGUUCCCCCGUCUCUAAGGUGGUUCAUCCAAUACAUGACCAGUCUUUCUAUCUGACGCGUUAUCAUAAAAUGAUUCUGAAAGAAGAAUACGGCAUUGAGCCAUGGACGUUUGUUCAGAAGCUUGGAGAUGCUGUGUUAAUACCUGUAGGCUGCCCUCAUCAAGUCAGGAACUUGAAGUCUUGUACAAAGGUGGCGCUUGACUUUGUCUCACCUGAAAAUAUCAGUGAGUGUUUCCGCUUAACAAAGGAGUAUCGUCUGCUACCACCAAACCAUCAUUCAAAAGAGGACAAGUUGCAGAUAAAGAAUAUGGUGAUCUUUGCAAUCGAUAAGGCUCUCGAAGACUUGGAUCCAAAUUACAGGUCUCAUGUAGCCAAAGAGGAGGAGAAGAAGGUGACAAAGACUGGAAGGAAGCGUAAAAACCGUGAGAUGAGUAAUGGAGCUAAUGUGUUGGCUUGAUCUAUCGUUUGUUGUUUGUGUUGUUAUGUCGUUUGUUGUUGUAGCAGUGUUAGCAAUGAGCGUGUGAGAAGGAUAAAUCUAUUUUGGCACUCUUCUUUUGUACCUUCUCCUCCUUAAUCACCUAACUCUAUACUCUGUUGUUGAAGUCUAACUCAUGAUACGGUAGAAAUAUAACUUAUUUCUUGAUUA